GGGGCGGGGCUUUCAGUGUCACGUCAUAUCAGCCGCCGCGCUCUGAUUGGCCGCCGCUUCUCACCCGACACAGCUGAGAUUGUUUUCUGCAGAGGAAGCCCUUGUUCUACGGGCUCACCGUAGAAUGAAGCAACACAGUGUGUUUACUAAAGAUGAUGUGAACAAACGACGGGACAGCUGUCAGGAAAACAAAGAGGGGGUCCUAGCUUUAGCAUAGCUUUAGCCCACUGACUGUCCGUCCGAGGAGGAGCGAAUGAAGAGGAGGGCAGCUUUCUGUUUGGAUCAGACAUUCAAGWCGUCUGGAGAUCAAGCGCAAAAGUGCCAAAUGCCCAGACUCGAGGAUCACUGCUGGAGCUGCUCUUGUUCAUCGAAAGCUGAAACUGAGCAUCCAUCGGGGGCAAACCGGUUUGUAUCUAAAGCUGAAGAGAUGAUGUCCAUUAUCACCACGGUGCUCAGCAGUGCCCGCGGAUCCUUACACUACGGUCGGGUCACCAACCUGAUCCGGCGGGGUCUCGUCCUGUUCACGGUGGGAGUCUUCCUCGCCUUGGUGCUCAACUUGCUGCAGAUACAAAGACAUGUCACCCUGUUUCCAGAUGAGGUGAUGACAACUUUAUUCUCAUCUGCCUGGUGGAUCCCACCUGUCUGCGGUACAGGAGCAGCUGUUGUUGGCCUGCUGUAUCCCUGCCUCGACAGCCAUUUGGGAGAGCCGCACAAGUUCAAGAGAGAGUGGGCCAGCGUCAUGAGAUGCAUCGCUGUGUUUGUUGGCAUCAACCAUGCAAGUGUUAAACUAGACUUUGCCAACAAUGUGCAGCUCUCCCUGACGUUGGCAGCCUUGUCUUUGGGGCUGUGGUGGACGUUUGACCGCUCCAGAAGUGGCUUUGGCUUGGGCAUCACCACUGCUUUCUUAGCUACUGUCAUCACACAGCUGUUGGUCUACAAUGGAGUUUACCAGUACACGUCUCCAGACUUCCUGUACGUGCGCUCCUGGCUCCCGUGCAUAUUCUUCUCAGGCGGUGUUACUGUGGGUAACAUUGGACGCCAGCUUGCUAUGGGUGGAGGGGAGAAACCCCACAUGGAGUGAACCGCGGGACAAAGACGGACAUCGAGGUGAAAAACUGUCCAAAUAGAAACCGUUCAGUUCUGUGAGGAACAAGAGGAAAAGACUUGUUUUGACUCCCAUCCUUUGAGUCAAAAAUGCCAUCAUCAAACGUGCCAUGUCCUCUGAACCUCCUAGUGGCCAAACAGCCUCUCAUUCUUCUUUCUUCUCCUUUAGCAUUAAGACUUCUUUCACACAAGAUGGAAGAUUUUUUUUUUCUCAUUUGAAGUGAACAAUGGACUGGUUUUGUUUAACGUGUGUGUGCGCUCCUGAAGUGGAGGUAUCUUAGCCUUGGCUGGAAAAGACCAGAAGAGACUGAUGAAAAAAAAUUUUCUUUAUUAGUUUGAGUAGAGUAACAAUCAUAAAAGGGAAAUAUUGCUUGAGAGAACGCCAACACAUUUUCUCUCACAUACAGAAUUGUAUUCAGUGGCGUAACGGGGGAGAUGGAUUUUCCCACUUUAACCAAAUUAAGUAUUUAUUUUGUAAGGUUUCACCGACCUCGGAGCAAAUAUAUGUGAUAAUGAAUGAUGCUUUUUGAGGAAACAGUUUGGGAAAUCAGCCGCUUUUCUUAAGACAUGUUUUUUUUUUUUUGCUUAAGGUCCCUGCAACAUUUGACUCCAGGAGUUUUUAAAGGAACUGUUGUCUGAAUGUCCACUGAUAUGUAAAGCCCUGCUAAUAUUAAGCAGUUGCAUACAACUUUUUUUGUUCCUUACUGGCUCUAUAGCUUGCUCAACUUCUGUCAAAAGAUUUUUUUUUUUUUGUGUACAAGACAGAAAGCAACAAUAUUUUAAAAGCGGUGGGGCAUCACUUGUAACAGAAAGUUGCUGUGGAUCCCGAGUUAUUGCUUCUUGAUGAGGACCGUUGUAGCAAAGGUGGUUCAAACUGGACAAAAAUAUAAUUUAAACAUAAUAUUUUUCCCCCCUAAGAGUAAGCAAGUAAAAGCGCUUUAGUUUCCUUUCCUUAAUAAAGUCAGAAGAAAGUUUUCCACUGGUCCUUGUAGAUCUUAAUGUGAGUAAAUACUCAUGCAGAAUUACUCUUUCCUUGCAUCAGCGCUUAUACGCUCGCAGAAGUUGGCCCCCAAGGAGAGAAGCCUGCAGCUGGGCCCCUCUUAAAGUUCCUUAAUGUGGAAAGGCAGCUUUUUAACUGCGAUUCGGUUUCUCUGCAAACGAUAACACCAAGUUUGUUGCUCGUUUAGUGUAAAAAGCAGAAGGUAACAUGUUGUUGAUCUUAGCUUAGCAUUUAGCCUGGAGUUUAUUUUCUGUUCUGUGAACGAAAGCGAAUGAUUUCCCAAACUGUUUGAGCAGUUGUUGAUAAAAGGAACGAAGAGUAACGAGGCGAAUGUGUGAGUUUUGCUUUUCUGCAGUGAGUAUUCUGGGCCACGUGAAUAUGAGUUGAAUCACUUGUGUACACGAGGCUUUAUGAAACGUGAUGCAAGAUGUUUGGUGCACAUCAUGAGAAAGUACUUCCUCAAUGCAAAAAAGCUUGUAUUUAUCUCUGAAAA